AUGAAGUUAAUCAGUAUCCAUUUUCCGAGCAAAAAUCUUUCACUACUGUGGGUGAAGAUUGCUGCAGUGUUCUUUCUGUUAUUGGGUCUUGCUUAUCGCUUCUUCACUUCAAGCUUGUGUUAUUUUCACGUGUCUGCUCCCACAGAAAGCUGUAAUUUGUUCUUAGGAGAAUGGGUUCCUGAUUUUGGUGGCCCGGCUUACACCAACGCCACUUGCCGCACGAUCGAACCUCCCCAGAAUUGCUUAAGAAACGGACGGCCGGAUUCCGAUUACGUCUACUGGAGGUGGAAGCCCAAGGAUUGUGAUCUGCCCAAACUUGAUCCCACAAACUUUUUCGAGAUCAUGAAGGAUAAGUCGCUAGCCUUUAUCGGCGAUUCGAUCAUGCGCAAUCACGUCCAAUCCUUGCUCUGCAUUCUCUCACAGGUGGAAGAAGCUGUGGAAGUGUACCACGACGAGGCGUACAAGAACCGGAGGUGGACCUUCCCUUCCCACAACUUCACCGUCUCAGUCGUGUGGGCCCCUUUCCUCACGAGGGCAUCCACCUUCGAGGACGACAAUGGCGUAUCGUCGGGCCUGACCCACCUCUUCCUCGACGAGCCCGACGCAAUAUGGUCCAAGCAAUACAAUAAAUUCAACUACAUAGUAAUCGGGGCUGGAAAAUGGUUCCUAAAGUCUGCAAUAUAUCACGAGCAAAACGUGGUGGUCGGCUGCCAUAACUGCCACGAGAAAAACACGUCAGAGUUGGGUUUUUACUACGCGUACCGUAAAGCCCUCAACACGACCCUAGAAUUCAUGGGCCGGUCGGGCCAUAGGGCCCGCCGUGUGUUCCUACGGACCACCACGCCCGAUCACUUUGAGAAUGGGGAGUGGGACACGGGAGGGUAUUGUAAUCGGACUGUGCCGUAUAGGGCUGGGGAGGUGGAGGUGAAUGGAGUGGACGGGAGAAUGCGGGCGGUGGAGAUGGAUGAAUUUGAUCGGGCGGCCGGGAAGUUGUCGGGAUUGGAGCUGUUGGACACGACUUUGAUGUCGGUUUUGAGGCCGGACGGCCAUCCGGGUGUUUACCGGCGGUUUCACCCAUAUGAGGAGAAGGGUAAAGAUGGGAGGAUUCAGAAUGACUGCCUGCACUGGUGCUUGCCUGGACCUAUAGACACUUGGAAUGAUUUGAUCAUGGCAAUGCUUGUUGCACAUAAAUAA